AUGAAUAAACUUCUUGUGCUGUUUGUUUUCUGUGCCAUGACAGGUAAGUUUGUUAUACUUUCUUUACCUGGCUCUGCUUUUUCCAAUUUCUAUAUGCCGGUCCCAUGUGAUUGCAUGCACUAUUGCACUCACAAUGAAUUAAAUGAUCCACGAUUCCGCAUAUGAAAUUCUCAGUUACAAAAAGUUAAAUUAAUGCAAUGAAGACAUCUCAUUUAUUUCAAUCAAUUCUUUGCUACAAAAUAUAGACAACUGACAAGAAUGUUUGUGCGAAAACAAUUUCUUAGAAUUUCUCAUCGCUUAAUGUGCUUUAUAGCUUUCCUAAAAAAUUUCAGUCACAAUGCAAACGACCUAAUUGUCAGGAUUAUAAUAGUUGUGUUGUAUUGUCAGCAUUAAAAUUGUUGUGUUGUAUUGUCAGCAUUAAAAUAGUUGUGUUGACAUCUGGUAAUAACAACUGUAGUAAGUUCUUUGUAUGUUUGCAUGGCGAUAAAAUAUAAUAGUUUUGUUUGUGGAAACACUACGUAAAUUUAUUACUGCAAAAAUUACUUAUUUUUUUAUGCAGUAAUAAAUUUACGUGGUGUUUCCACAAACAACAACUGUAGUGUUGAGAACAAACCGUCUCAUGCCAUAAAUCCAUUAGCUAAAUAUCAAAAGAAAGUUUAAUAUAUGGUUCGAGCAAAAACACCUGUACAGAAUGCAGGGCCGUAGGAAGCUCUUUUCGAUUGGGGGGGCUGAAAGCGAGGGCCGAAGGCCCGAGGAAAUUUUUAAAUUUAGAGUCUCUAAAAUGCCAUUUCCUGGACUUUGGGGGAAGAUUUAACAGAAUUCUGAUAGUCAGAAAACAGCGUUUUCGUAUGUCGAAAUUUACAGGAAAGUAUGGGCCAGACUGUAGUAUUAUAAAUGCGCGGCGGGAAUUUUCGUCGUAAAUGGCAGUUGCGCGGAAAUGAAGGCAGAACAUUUGAGAAAAUUUCGAAAAUCUGGAGUCUCUAGAUGGUCUGAAAUGGCAUUUUCAGAGUUUUCUUUCGCAAGACCCAACACGCAAAAGACAAAAUAAAUCAUUAGUUCAUCAAAAAUGUGCAGAUUUUGUGGGAUUUUCUUGAAAAUGCGCGACAGAAAUUCAGCUAAAAUUUCUACGCGAGGAACGAUCUGGAGUAUGAGUAAUAUCUUCAUUCUUUGCAGUUUGUCACAGAUUAAAUGAUAAAGUUUGCAUGAUUUUGAAAAAAGAAUGAUUAUUAGCAAAUUAUUGGGGGGGCUGCAGCUCCCCCAGCCCCCCCGGUUGCUACGGCCCUGGAAUGUUACUUAAAGAACAUGCCUUUUUAUUCUGUUAUGCUUUACUGUACUAAAGUAUAGCUUUUAACUUUAAAUACGCAAAUAUUGGUGCUUAAUUAUUUUGGCGACGAAACUGAAUAAAGGGAUAACCUUUUGACAUCUAGCUUUUUCUGGUCAUGUAUCAAAUAUCAUGUGUAGAUGACGAUUGCAAGUGUUGAUUGCAUGCAAGUGUUGCAAAAAGCUAGCAAAAUAUUAAAGGCAAAAUAACAAACUAAUUAGUAUUAGCGUCGUGUAACAAAUGCGUUGGUAAUUUGUUGAGGGAAGGAUUUCUAUAUUUAGAGGCUGGGUACGAGGUUGAUUUAGAGGCUGACUGCAUAUAUUUCAUUUCAUGCAAUAUAGGUGGUACAAUCACUGCUCAACACUCUAAGUGUGAUGUUAGAAUGGUCAAAAGAGGAUGUUUCAAGGAUACAGGAGCAAGAAAAGCGGAUAACAACAAUCGGCCAUUGAAUGAAUACCUUCACAGCUUCAAGAAAAAAAUCAACUGGGUUGCCGGAUGGAACAACUACCUUCAUGAAACUGCAUGCGAGUAAGUAAAAAAUAACAGUCUCAGUAACAGCGCUGCUCAGAUGUUGAACUCAAAAUAUUCUAUUCAGUACUUUUGAUAGGCAAAAGGAGGCCCCUGAAAUGCAGUUGGGGCGCCAAAAUCACCAAGAAGGGAUUAGUAUUAAAAUUCUAAUUAAAAUUCCUAUUCAUGACCAUAUUACAUUUUCCCCGAGCCGACGGCACGAAGCGCCGUGCGAGGGUACUAAUUCCCCCCGGCUAUUUACACCCGGGGAAACGAAAGCAUUAGCGAAGUCUAAAGUUCAUCAAUGAUCGCGGGCGUGGCUCACCAACGAUGGGUGGUCAUCCUCACUGAUCUCAAAAAUAUGGCGGACUGUCAUGAAUAGCGGACACUGAUUGGUCCAAUUUAAAGUUUGCAUUAUACAGCUCGAUCUCUUCCGAAAAUUAAGGCUAUGUCUUAAUUGUAAAAAGCGUUCAAAUUAAGGCAUUGCCUUAAUUUUAAACCUAACCCCCACCCUAACCUCUAACCCUAAUCUAAUCUUAAUCUAACCCUAAUCCAAUCCAAAUCUGGCGACCGCCCCUGCGCGUCCAGCCUCCCUUCUAGGGCCAUUACUUUUAUAGUAAGAAACCUUGCCUAAUGAUUGUGGUAUUGUUAAAUUAAGGCUAUGCCUUAAUUUUGGAAAAGUUUUACAAUUAAGACAUAGCCUUAAUUUUGAGAAGAGAUCAUGUUGCAUUAUAACGACUGCAUGACGACAGCGAAAUAGCAAACAUUUCUUGAUUUGAUGAUUGAUACAUUUCUUGCAAAUAUAUUUCAUUUUUGCUCGCAUUUUUGCAAGAUUUUGUAAAUUCCAAAAGCUUUCUCAGAAAGAAAGGGCGAAAGAAUCGGCUAAAAGAAGGAGCCGACGUUAACGAAGGUAAGUUUGUUUUAAAUAUUAAUUUAUAAUUGCUUUUAAUAAAACCCGACGGCCUUUACGUAUAUGAAACAACUAAACAAGACAGCAUAUAAUUUCAGUGUAUCUUUAAUAUUGAUUCCCUUUUUUAUUAUAUUGAAUUUUUUAAAUAAAUAAAAAGAAAGCAAAGUUAUUUGCAUGCUAGAAUUUGAAAUCAUUUUAUUGCAAACUCAAAGUUUAUCGAUAAGGCCAAUGAAAAUUGAUAUCAUGUUUCUCGUCCCCGCCCGCAUGGGAUUUAUCUGCCGCACGAAAAUUUUUCAUUAUUUUUGAAAAAUAGGCUUAACAAGGCACCAAAUUGAUCUCCAAAUCAAAGUCUUAUUGCUGCAUUCCACAAGCGCAACUCAAAUUGUAUCUUUCUAAAGAUAUUACUCGCCAGAAUGCCUCUAUUUUUCAUGUCAGCCCUGGUAUGUAUAGAAAUAUACCGUAGAGUAGGACGUAUUAAAUUAAAAUGAAUUAUACGGAGGGUUUAAACUGCAGGUUGCAGGUGUGCAGGUGCAGGUUGCAGGUGUGCAGGUCAAUGGGUGCAGGUUGCAGGUGUGCAGGUUGCAGGUUGCAGGUGUGAUAUUCUAGUACAAGAUCAAAACUUGACAUUCAUAAAAAAGUGUGAAGCACGCAUAAAAUUUUAUCUUAGCUAAGUUUGAAUUCUCUUUUAUAAUUGAUUUUGUCACUCUUUGCGAGAAACGUCCGCCAUAUUUAAUUCUUAGGUCAAAAACACCUGAUAUCUUAGGUCAAAAACACCUGUGAUCACAUGUUUUGGCAGUAUGGGGAAAACUAUUGAUACUAUGGGAUAUCAGGUGUUUUUGAGAUAAGAAUUAAAUAUGGCGGACGUUUCUCACAAAGAGUGACAAAAUCAAUUAUAAAAAAGAAUUCAAACUUAGCUAAGAUAAAAUUAUAUGCGUGCUUCACACUUUUUCAUGAAUGUCAAGUUUUGAUCUUGUACUAGAAUAUCACACCUGCACACCUGCAACCUGCACCGGCACACCUGCACUUGCAACCUGCACCUGCAACCUGCACCUGCAACCUGCAGUUUAAACCCUCCGUGAAUUAUACACCGAUUUACUUCAGAUUUUUAUGGGGUUUUUUACUGGGUCAAGGAAAUUAUUGACAAGCAGAAUUCAAAUAGAAAAAAUAAUGAAAUAUGAAAAAUGAAAAAAUCCCGCUCCAAAUUUUUGAAAAUUGUGGACGAGAAACAUGAUAUCAAUUUUCAUUGGCCUAAAGCCUUUUAAUUAAAGGCAGUUUAGUUUUAUAAAGAACACUUAAAAAACGUUUUGCGAAGCCUUUGUGGUUGAAUUUUACCUUAAAUUGAAGCUUAUAUUACGUAUAAUAUAUCAUACCUAACAUAUAUGUUGGGAAAUUGAUAAUUUUGUAAUUAAAAGUGAUAUUUUGAGGCAAUUUUUCGUUUGUAAGAAUAUUCUUAAAAAAUUAUCGUGUUACCAUGACAAUUACUUUAGAUACUUCAUGUUCGGAAAAUGCAAUGGUUUUGUCAGCAAGGCGAGGGUUUCUGCAUGUAUGUAUUUUCUAAUUAGUAUAUAUAGUUCAAUUACAAGCUAGGCGAACAAUGGUAAUUGAUAAUGGCUCUGAAUAAUGUUAAAACACUGGGUCAUCGCCAUGCAUGCCAAAUUAGUAUGGAUUUGAAUCUGCAUGUGCAUGCUCUCCCCGUUGGCAUUGAGGUAAAUGUGUUGUCGUAGGCAUGCAUGCAUGCAUGCAUGCAUGCAGAUUCAACUUAGGCAUGCAUGAUACAAUUUUCUCGCUCUUAUUUAAGAAUGUUCCCUUGUGGUUUUAAAUAUAUGCUAACUUAGUUAUCUGACGGAAAAUAAAACAAUUUCUUGACCUUGUGUUUUAGUUGUGCUAAAUUAGCUAAAGGCUUGGGUUAUCGUUAUAUUGGUAUCCAAGCAUAUGGAGAAUGCUGGUCAGGUGAUCCAACAGCAGAUUUGUUUAAAUAUCGAGCAAUCGAUCCACACAAAUGCUGGGGUUUUAAACCCAAUUAUUCAAAAUGUGAUGACGAAGCAGAAACAGAAUGCAUAGGAACCCCAGAAUACAAUUAUGUCUACGAACUUUACCUUACUGGUAGCAAAGGUAGGUGCAGAUUUGCACUGUACUUUUCAAGAACAAUAAAAUACAUGGUGAAGUAAUAAAAUACAUUGCGUAGAAUUUCCGAAGUAGAGCGGUCAACAAGUUUUCCCAAGGUUUAUUGGUUACUUAAUUAGCCUUUUGUGAUUGGUGUAUCUUUGGUGAACACCGUUGACUUUUGAAGGAAAGGCAAAACGAGCUGCUUCGAUCAUUGUCUUCAUUAUAUAAUUGGACUUUUCAGGGUGUCCCGGCGAAAAUGUAAAAGGUAUGUUCCAGAUUUUUACACAGCUAAUUAUUAGUGGGUAUAUCGAAAACUUAAUCUAAGACUAAGAUAUGAAUUUUGAUACUAAGAUUAAUAAAAUUGGUCUUGUAGAACCAAUGUUAUGGCUGUUUAAAAUAAAGUCUGGUCCACCCAACGCCAAUGGACCAAUAAAAUCAUACAUCAAUGGACCAUUUACAUUAUAGACUAAAUUUUGGUCUAGACGAAAAUUUCAUCACAGCUUGAAAGAGCAUCACAAAAUUAGUAACAUUCCAAAGUUUCGUUGCGAAAUGUUGUAAAAUGCGGAUAAUAUAGCCUUGCGAAGUUUGCAAUUUUCAGUCAUUUUGUAUUACAAACGGGAAAUUGAUGCCCCAGCACCCGAUUGAGCUGUCAAUUUUCCGUGCGUAGUACAAAAUGACUGAAAACCGGCAAACUUCGCAAGGCUAUAUUAUCCUCAUUUUACAACAUUUCGCAACGAAACUUUGGAAUAUUACUAAUUGUGUGAUGCUCUUUCAAGCUGUGAUGAAAUUUUUGUCUACACUUGUCUAGAUCAAAAUUUAGUCUAUAAUGCAAAUGGUCCAUUGUGUAACGUAUCAAUGUAGCCAUGUAUAGGUUUGAUGACCCCUUACUACAGCCAUGCAACAUUGGUUCUAACCAAUUUUAGUAAUGUCAAAAUUCAUCUCUUAGGUUAAAUUUUCGAUGCUCACGAAUAGUUAGUUGUAUAAAAAUCUGGAACAUAGCUACCACAUUUUGUUCGGAUACUCCCUGUAUAUAUUGUCAACUGUUAAAUAUAGGUGCUUAUUUGAACGUAAAACUAUAUCUUAUGCUCUGCGCAUGCAACAGCGCAACCGGCAGACCUAAGGCCCUACAUUUCCCGACUGGUAUUCUUUCUGAAAUCGCUCAUAGCAGUUGAUUAAUUAAAUGAUUCAUCGACGCCCUCCAUGCAGCUGCUACAAAAGCAGUAAAAACAGCAGGCUAUACCACAGUUUACAGAUUGUGGCGUAAGGCUACAGGAGUGGAAAACCUUUUUAAAAUCUAGCAAAAAUGAUGCUAUAUGUUAUCUGGCAAAUAAUAAUAUUCCAUUUUCUAUUUGUUUUAUUUUAUUUUAGAAUCGCCAUGUUCGUCUUUGCCAUGUUAUAAUGGAGGAAAUUGUACUGAAGUCGGAGAUUCUUUUGUUUGUAAAUGUGCUUGUGGAUACAAGGGAAAACAAUGUGAAAUGAAAGGUAUACGUAUAACUUCCUGUUUGAAAUUAUUUAAAGAAUUAUUAUUUUAAAGCGCACAUUUCAUCUUAGUUACCUUAAUUUGCACCAGACUAAUCUUAUGGCUCCCCUACGUAAAAAUUUGGUAAAGUACUAUUUUUAAAACAUUUAAAAAUGUUUUAAAAUUAGAUUGUCUUAAAUCAUAACUUUAUAACUGUUUAUGUGAUUUGGUGUCCAAGCCGAAUCCACUCAUUUAGCUUUUUCAACCUAGUAAAUAUUACUGAUAAGUGCAUGCAUGUAAUCACUUUCUGAAACCUUUUUGGGAAAAGAUGACAAAAUAUGAAUAUAUAUAGUGAUCAUGGUUGACCAUAUUAACAAAAAUAUUUCUAUAAAGUGGUAAAUUUUAAAGUGAAGUACUUUUCUAUGUUGAAACUUGAAAUAACUUCAUUUGAAUACAAAUAAUUUGAAAUUUUGCUUUUUAUUAUUUUGAAGUAGGGUUGAGUGAUUCAACGAGACAAUGUCAUUGCAUGGAUGAUUAUAUUAUAUCAAAAGUUAAUGGUUUUCGCUGUUACUGUGCACAAGUUUAUGUGAAAAUAAAAAUAUGGGACAAAUUUUUCGGCCCAUUCGAUUGAUCGAUUAUGGAUUGAUUGACCAUGUCCAUGUCUCCUUUACCGCUCUCCUUACCAGAUAAAAUAUAAUAUUCUUACUUUGGUUUUCAUUUUCAAGUAUCACCAUGUGCCUCAGCCCCAUGUAUGAACAAUGGUAAUUGUACAAAUGUUGGAAAUUCGUUCCUAUGUAAAUGUCCAUGUGGCUUCAAGGGAACACGUUGCGAGAAAGAUGGUUUGUAUAAUUUUAUUUGAAACAAAUACAGCAAGGGCGAUCUUGUUGUAAACAAUAUAUAUAACAUUAUAUAUAUAUAUAUAUAUAUAUAUAUAUAUAUAUAUAUAUAUAUAUAUAUAUAUAUAUAUAUAUAUAUAUAUAUAUAUAUAUAUAUAUAUUAUUAGCUUGUGAUUCUUCUUGAUGUGAACGCUCGUAUUCCUCAAUUAUAAUUCUUAAGGCAUGAAUAUUUUUUGGCUUCUUUUCCUUUAUGUAAAUCAUUAUCCGAUUUACAAGCUAUAUCUUUUUCUAAUAUUUUUAAAACGUGUUAUUAUAAACGUUUCGGACCUUUUCAAACGUGUGUAUGGUGUAUUUAAUUUUUUCCUCAAAAAUCUUAGUAAUUUUGAACUUAAAUAAUUUUAAUAUUAUUUUCAGUGCGUCCAUGUGCUUCAUCACCGUGCGUAAAUGGUGGAGAAUGUAAAAAUCUUAAAAAAUCUUACCAAUGUAAAUGUCCAGCUGGACACAAAGGAAAAAGAUGUCAGAUUAAAGGUAAGUUUAAUGUAUACGUGACAUUGAAAAACUUGAUUUACAAUUGCGAGUGCAAUAAUUAUUGACGUACAAAUGAAAGCAACGGGGGUUAAUGUUCCUAACAAUAUUUUAAGAAGCCCAUGAGAUUAUCAUUAAUUGGACUCCAUAAUUUAUAAUUAUAUAUUUAUUGGAAAUUUUAUAAUUCAGUAAGCCAAUCAAUUUUAAAGAAAUUGAGCAAAAUUGAGCAAAAUAAACUCAAAUCUUUGUGUCCAUACUCUGCCGACUUGACUGCCUAGGAUAAUAAUUUUUCACAAAAAAUUAUGGGCAUAUUAGGAACAAGGUUUCUGCGAAACUUGGUGAAAAUGCCAACAAAAGUCACUUUGAAGCGACAGGUAAAUUCAUACAUUGUAUUGAUGAUGUUUGAAUGCACAAACCCGCACCAAACUCUAUAUAAAGUAUCAAUUACUAAUAAAGCCUAUAGAGCGUUUGCACAUGACGUCACAGCUGCCAUGUUGGUGUUCCAAUUCAAAAGAAUUUUAAUUAGACUCUUUUGUCUGGAACACCAACAUGGUCGCCAUAACAGGUGGGAAAUUUGUCUGAGCAUGCGCGAGCAAAAUGAGUCACGCAAUUGAGUGGAAUACACUCAACGCGUGUUUACAAAAAGGCACAAUCGUGUAUAAAUAUUGCCAAAUGUUUGUACAAAAUAAAUGACUGUUUUAUGUUGAAAAUGGACAUGAUCUAAAUUUAUCAUACAGAAUUUUUUAGUGACGUUCUAUUUCAGUACCCUGCCAUUGUCUCUGGUGGGCUGUCCGUGUGCAUUCGAUCUGAAACAGUUGCUACUUUGCUGUCGAAAAAUUUCGAAUGUUUACAUGAAAAUAGAGGCAAGUCAUGCAUUUUACAACCUCGUAAACUGUAUGAGCCCCUACAUAUUUUCAAAAUUUGUCAAAUUUCGCGAGCUUGUAUUUUGAACUUAGACAGCUGAAGUUACAUUAAGAAACAUAGGAUGGAAAAUUUGAGGCAUAUAAAGUUAAUUUCAACUUACAUUUCAUUCUCAUAUCACGUCUUUCUUCGUUUAUUACGGUUUUAGACAAGCCACAGAUCGACGUAUACGGUAUUUACUCCCAUGUUUACGUCGCCAUAUUAACUUCUUCCAAUCACUCGAUUACAAAACAAAUCAUCCCAAAACAAAGAAUUCAUAGUCAACAAUUAAAAGAAUAACCGUUAAUUUGUAAAUCGUUGAAUGGAAAGCAAAAAAUAGUCAGCUAAAACAGCUUCUUGCUAACUUUCUGCUUUGGUUUGAAUGUACUGAUGCAAUGAGCUUUGUUUCUGCCCGCGAUUUUUUGGUCAACGACGACAAAUUUCCCACCUGUUGGUCGCCAUGACUUUUGUUGAGUUGCAUGGUCCCUGGGGAAUAAGUCAUAUAUGAGUGCAAACGCUCUAUUAUUAUACGGUGUGGUCACUAUACGUGCUUUCAGUUAAAUAUUUAAAUAUGGAAUUAGCUUACAGCUAAAUAUGGAAAUCACGCCACAUACACAUAUCUGCUAGCAGAUAUAAACACUGUUACCUGUAGGUUGAGACAGCGGUAUGUAAUUUUAUAUAGCAAGCGGCAGUGAAAUAAAGUUUUUGUGCAAAAAACAGACCUUUUUGGCAUUUUUACUAAUAUUUGACAUUUUAUGCUGUUAUUGUGAUAUUUUAAAUCGUUUUUAGCUACAGCUUUUUUUGAGAAUCAAACGUUCAUUCGAACCAAAUCAUUGCUUGUCGAAAGAGUUAAUGAAAAUGCAAUGUAUAAUAAAACAGUUAUUAUCAAGUUAGCUCGCCCAAGGCUCAACUGAUAACAUGCACUGACUUACGUCGGCCCUUGAUCUGAAUUCUGGAUAUCACACAAUCUUCAUCCAAUAACUGUUUAUUAUUACGCAUAUAUCUGCAUAGAAAUGAAAAGAAUACCUAACUGUCGGUAUGAGUUUAUAUGAAAGAAGCAUCCGCUGGUCAUCUCAAUUUGCGACUCUCAACUAAACUUGUUUACAUAACUUUCAUGUAUGAUCAUUUUAUAGAAUCCCCAUGUGCGUCAGGACCGUGCAGAAAUGGUGGUCGAUGUCAUCAACUAGCUGCUUCAUUCCGUUGUCGUUGUCGACCGAGAUAUAAAGGAAAUCUCUGCGAAAUAAAAGGUAAAUUAAGUGACGUGAUAAGAAGCACAGCAUGAGAGUUAGUGAACAACAUCACCGAAAUCACCGAAAUUCGGUGGGAAAUCACCGAAUUGACCAAUUGUAAUUGUCUUUUAAGACAAAAACAUUUAAUAAUAACAAGCUAAUUACCAAGGCUAGUCCAACUAUAAUCUAUAAAUACAUGAACAUUUAACUUUAUUGACAAAUUGAAAUUGUCUUAAAUAUCACUGAAGCUAAUUACCAAGGGUCCAACUCAUAAACAUAUAUCGCAUUAUGUGGUAUAUUUUACACUUCGCAGACGUUUCAAAAUGAAAUAUACUCAUUUCUCCCUAUAUAUAUAUUAUGAAAACCAUUGCCAUAUUAUUCAUACCUACAACACCCUUUUAAAUUUCUAAUAUUUAUACCUUAUUCCUCCCAGUUUGCAGUUUUUUUAACCUUCUGCAAAACAACACGAUAUUACACGCAAAAUGUAUAAAUACAUGCAUGAACAUUUAACUUUAUGUUAAUUCUGACAACAAUAACACUAAUUAAUUAAAAUGCACUUCUCAAUAAUAUUCUGUUUUGAUUGGUUAACAUGCAUUUCCGAAAUAAUAUUCUGAUUGGCUGCAGGUCUACAGAUAAUCAGCGGAGCGUCCGUAGGAAUAACGAAAUUGCUACAGGCGACACAAAGUACAUAUAUGUUUUUUACAGCUCUGACGUCAUUGUUACAAAUAAUACAGCAAUAUUAUUUAUCGUACUGGCUCAAAAAAUUAAUAUGGAGACUUCAACUUCAGGGAAAACGACGUAAACUGUUCAACAUGCAUGACUGCAAAUUUAAUGUUUAGUUCUCAUUUUUCACAUAUUUAACUAGAUUUUAGGUUUUGAACUGAGAGAUUGUUAACACUAGAUAGUCGUUUAUUUUAUUGUACUUGUUUUUCCCUGUUAUUUUACCAUUUUAUUUGUAUAAUGGUUACUUUACUAUGAUUUUUAUAAUGGUUUAUUACUUUUAUGUAUGUUUUAUUAUGUUUUAUUAUUCCUCAGUAUAGCAGUUACUAUUGUCCCUGUGACAAUAACUGACGAAUUUAAUAAUUAUAUAAUCGCCAAAAGAGGCGCCCACAAACUAUAGGUAACACAUGCGCCUCGGCCAUGCUUGAUGUCCUUCACACUCUAUCACCAUGCAGGAUCAAUCUCGCUUCCAGGCUUUCCCCUCUUGUCAGUUGCAGUCUGACGUUUAUACAAAACCAUUUGCUGUUUCACUUGUGGAAUGUUAUAUGACUAAAUUACAUGAUCAACAACAUUCAAGAGUUAUGAUACUCAAGGGUAGGAGCUUUUCUUUGAAAAAAACCAACUUAUAGACUAGUUAAAUUUUUAACUUGUUAUUGAUAACCCACCUUAUACCAUCAUGUAGUAUCUAUACGUAUUAAUUGCUGCCACAGAUAAAGCAUUAUAAUUCAUUUAUCUAGUCACACCAUGCUCGUCUGGUCCAUGCCAAAAUGGCGCUACAUGUAAAGACAAAGGGAAAACUUUCAAAUGCUUGUGUUCACCAGGAUAUAAUGGGAAAAAAUGCCAUAUAAAAAGUAAGUUUUUAUUCAUUUUAAAAUAAAUAAAUCAUUAUUAUAACUGGAAUUACAUCAGCAACCCCUCACCUUUUCUUUAAACAGAAUAAAUAUAAUUCCAAAAUAUUGCUUCAAGACGAAGUCUUUUAUAAUUGAAAACAUUGUGGUUGCCUUGGUUAACAUGAAAUCAUGCAUGUAUAUAUAUUGUACAAAUGUGCAAAUGGCAAAAAAUUGAAAAAGAACAAUAGCUAUAUAUACGUUUACAGACUCAUCGAUUUUCAAAAUCUAUAUAAAUAGAGUUUGGCAAGCGAGGUUGAUCGACUAGCACUAUCGUACAAUAUGGACAAUAUGGAGUAACCAAUUAAUGUGAACAAAUCUUCAAACUAGUUCAUUUCUUAAAUAGGGUUAUAACCAUUUCCACAUUGGAAAUUACUCCGUAACUCGAAAUAGUUUUACUUAACUGACAGAGUUUCUAUUGUAAUGUAUAUGAUCAAAAUGCUCGGUAUAAUAACCAAACAAAUAUCUUUGUUAGAACCACCAUGUUAUUCUUCGCCAUGCAAAGAAGGAAUUUGUGAGAACGAUGGAGAUUCUUUCAAAUGUUCUUGUCGUCCUGGAUAUAAAGGAAAGAUAUGCGAGGAGUUAGGUAAAUAGUGCAGGCGUUUGUUUGGGAGAGUUUGGGGAGAACUGUGGGCUAAUGUUUUGUCUCACAAUUCCAUUUUCUCUAUGGAAACCAUGCAUGUUCAAGGACUUCAUGUAUCUUUUUGUAAUUAUAAUUUUAUAAAUAAAUUUGCAUGCAUGUAUAUGAACAAAAACAAGCAAAAUAUAUACACCGCGAUUCUUAUACCCUUCAACAAAACUGUAAUGAGUUCUUUAAGUUUGAAUUUCAACGCGUUUCGCAAGUAUAUAUCAGCCCACCAUUACCCUAAUAUAUUGGGGUAGCCAAGCAGGAUACUUUUACUAUUUAUGGUACAGCAGUUUAUUUACACUCCUAUAUAAUACUUAAAAUUUAAUGAGAGGCUAAAGCGAAAAUAUAAUUUAAUCUAGAGUCUCCUUGCGUAUCUGAACCAUGUAAAAAUGGAGGAGAAUGCUCAAAUGUUGGAGAUUCCUUCGACUGUAAAUGCCCUUCUGGUUAUGAAGGAAAACGAUGUCAGAAUAAAG